AAAAAAAGAGAGAGAAUAAUGAGUGUGUUGCAUUGGAGAAUGGUUGGUGUAAGAAGAAGGAAGAAGCGAAAAGCGCGGGAUGGGAGUUAAAAGAAAGAGAAGCGGAAGAAUGGGGUGGAAAGAGAGGGAUGAAAAAUGGAAGUGGAGCGAGCGUCGCUGUGCAAUUGCGUGGUGAACUUUCUGUUGGAAGAGAACUACAUUCUGACCGCCUUCGAGCUUCUCCACGAGCUUCUCGACGAUGGGCGCCACGACCAAGCCAUCCGCCUCCAGCAGUACUUCUCCGACCCCUCCCGCUUCCCUCCCAACCAGAUCUCCCGCCUCAACUCCCUCUCCCUCUCCGCCGCCGAUCCCCAAUCCCUCCUCCACCUCAAGAACCAGGCCCAACACAAGUCCGCCAUCACCGACUACGAGCUCCGCCUCGCCAACGAAGACAUCGCCAAACUCAAAUCUCAGUUGCACUCCCUCACGCACCUUCACGCCUCGCCGUCCAAUGCCGAUCUUUCUCUUUCCGACUCACAGACUCGCCCACACAAACUAACUCUUAAUACUUCCUUCUCUGCUUCUGCUCUCGGACCGCUCAAGGAUACGGAACGUCGAGAUCUUAAUUCUGCCGUCAAGGAAUAUUUGCUUAACGCCGGCUACAAACUCACUGCAAUCACAUUUUAUGAAGAGGUUGCAGACCAGAACUUGGACAAUUGGCAGAAUACACGUGCAAUAAUACCGCAAGCCUUGCGUCAUUAUUAUUAUCAGUAUCUUUCAUCAACUUCGGAGGUAGCAGAGGAAAAAAUUGCCCAUGUUGGAGGAAAUGAAACACUGCUGAAAGCAAAUGAGAGGGUGAAUCAAGAAAAGGAGAGCUCGUUGAAGGACAAAGAUUUGGCAGAUGGUCAAAUAGGAGCAUUAACUAAAUCCUUGGAGGCACUGCAGAAGGAUCUUAAAGACAAAGAGAACCUGGUGCAAGUUUUAAAGCAGUCCUUGGAGAAUCAAAGAAAAGAGCUCAAUGAUAACAGAGUUGAGAUCAGUAUGCUUAAAAUGGGUAUUGAACGGUCUGGUUCUGGAAUGAAUCUGGUUGUUAGUGAUGUAGACAAUUCUCAACCUGAAUCUUUAGAUAAGUACAAGGAAGAAAUUAAGAAAUUGCAAAUGGAAGUUGAAUGGUUGAAGGAAAAGAAUAUUGGAGUUCGUGAACCUGGAAAUUUUAUUCGUUCUGAAAAUGAAACUGAGGACAAAGUGAUAGAGAUUCAUGAGGACCAAGGUUCAAUUUCUUACCCUGUUGAUGCAGCAUUGGAUGUCAUACGCAAUGAAGAUGCUCAAUCAACAACUUUUAAAACUCUUGAGGAAUAUGCUGAUAAACAUGAAGAUGUGCCUCUCGCAAAAGCAAAUAUUUCUUUUGAAAAUAGUGAAGAUGUCUCUGAACAAAAUGUAGGCAAGCAAGAAGGGGAUAGCAGGUUAAAUGCAAAAUCAGACAGUGGAAACGAUGAAGCAAGAUCUAAGAAGAUGGGAUUAGGAACCAUUCAGAUACUUGCAGACGCUUUGCCUAAAAUUGUUCCGUAUGUCCUGAUCAACCAUCGUGAGGAACUGCUUCCUCUAAUGAUGUGUGCAAUUGAACACCACCCAGAUAGCAGGACUCGGGAUUCUUUGACCCAUACAUUAUUUAACUUAAUCAAGCGUCCUGAUGAAAUACAGAGACGAAUUAUAAUGGAUGCAUGUGUCAGCCUUGCAAAGAAUGUUGGAGAGAUGAGAACAGAAACAGAAUUGCUUCCUCAAUGUUGGGAACAAAUAAACCACAUGUACGAGGAGCGUAGACUGCUCGUUGCUCAAUCAUGUGGAGAGCUUGCAGAGUUCGUACGGCCUGAGAUUCGGGAUUCUCUUAUUUUAUCUAUUGUGCAGCAACUAAUAGAGGAUUCUGCCACUAUUGUUCGAGAGGCUGCCUCGCAUAAUUUGGCUCUGCUGCUUCCACUUUUUCAAAACACGGAAAAAUAUUUCAAGGUGGAGGAGUUGAUGUUCCAAUUGAUUUGUAAUCCCUCAGGAGUGGUGGUCGAAACUACUCUCAAGGAAUUGGUUCCUGCAGUUAUAAAGUGGGGAAACAAAUUGGACCACGUUUUGAAUGUUUUACUCUCACAUAUUUUGAGCUCUGCUCAGCAUUGUCCACCUCUUUCUGUAAUCGAAGGGUGUAUGGAGUCACAUCUACAUUCAUUGGGUGAAAGAGAGCGCUGGAAUAUAGAUGUUCUAUUGAGAAUGCUGGUGGAAUUGCUUCCUUUGGUGCACCAGAAAGCAAUUGAGACAUGUCCCUUCUCGUCCACAGUAGAAUCUACGCAAGUUGUGUUUUCUACCACAUUGCUUGAAUUGUAUGCAAGGAGUCAUGUUGAAUGGGAGGCAUUUGACUGGAUGCAUGUUGAGUGCUUUCCUAAAUUGAUACAGCUAGCUUGCUUGUUACCAUGGAAAGAAGAUAAUCUACGGAGCCGAAUAUCGAAGUUUCUGUUAUCUGUUUCUGAAAGGUUUGGGGAUUCCUACAUGACAUGCUUCAUGCUACCUGUAUUUUUAACAGCAGUUGGGGAUGAUGCCGAUUUGAUAUUUUUUCCUAGUUCCAUUCAUUCAAAAAUUAAAGGUUUGAGACCAAGAUCUGUUGUUUCGGAGAAGCUUUCCACGUCGUGUGUCCUACCAUUGCUGUUGGCUGGUGUUUUAAGUGCUCCUGGAAAACGUAAACAAUUAGAAGAGUACACAAGAAAGCUGUUAGUAGAAGACAAUUCGAAGGAGAAUCCGCCGACAAAGCACUCUCUUGAGAUCAUUAAUGCUGUCCGCUUCAUUUGCAUAUAUGAAGAAAACCAUGGUAUGGUAUUUAAUAUACUGUGGGAAAUGGUUGUUAGCUCUAACGUGAACAUGAAAAUAAGUGCUGCCAAGCUUCUAAAAGCCAUUGUGCCAUAUAUUGAUGCAAAGGUUGCUUCAACUCAUGCUUUGCCUGCCCUAGUUACUCUUGGAUCUGACCAAAACCUCAAUGUGAAGUGUGCCAGCAUUGAUGCAUUUGGUGCUGUGGCUCAACGCUUUAAAAAUGAGAUGAUAGUUGACAAGAUACGUGUUCAAAUGGGCGCUUUUCUUGAAGAUGGAUCCCAUGAAGCUACAAUUGCUGUCAUUCGAGCGUUGGUGGUGGCAAUACCGAAUACAACUGAACAACUCAGAGAUUAUCUUUUAUCCAAGAUUUCUCAACUUACAGCGGUGCCUAUUACAAGUGAUUUAAUGCAACGGCGAGAAAGAGCCAAUGCAUUUUGCGAGGCAAUCCGUGCUCUGGAUGCUACAGAUCUUCAUGCAAAUAGUGUUCGGGACUUCCUUCUGCCUGCAACACAGAACCUACUAAAAGAUUUGGAUGCUCUGGAUCCAGCACACAAAGAAGCUCUUGAAAUUAUCAUGAAGGAAAGAUCUGGGAAAAGUUUUGGUAGUGGUGCAAGUAAGUCGAUGGGUUCUCAGUUUGGGCUUGCUUCAUCAGUCACCAACUUAUUUGGUGAGGGUGGCUUGCUUGGAAAGAGAGAAACCACAGAAUCACAAUCACAAUCACAGUCAGAGAAAGUUGUAUCCCCCAACUCCAAGGCUGCUACGUCACAACCACAAGCAGAGGACACUAGAUUAAGGCGCAUCAUGAUGGGACAUUUCGGCGACAUACUUAGGACCAAGGGAAAAACCCAAGACGAAACGCACAACCAGAACCACUAACAUGCAUUUUUGCCUUCUCAUACCAUCACUUUUUUUAAUUUUAUUUUAUCAGGUCUUGUUUCCCAAGUACGCCAGAAUUUUUGCUUUGGGAACAAUUUGAUCUUUUUACUAAAAAAAAAUCUUAUUUUAAAAAUAAAUUAUAUCUAUUUUAAAAAAGUUACUUUUUUUUUUUAAUUUUAAACAAACUGAUCUCGAAUGGAAUCAUCUAAUCAAGUUGAUAGAUGACGCGAUUUCCCUCUAAAUAACUGUAGUAAAAGUGGGACAUGAGUUAUAGUUACCACAAGGUUCUAUCUUUUUUGGGGUUCCUUGCAAGUAAGUAUAUUGUAAUAAUCAUUAUGAUAUAAAUCUCCACUAUAACAAACAUAGUUCAGCUUUGUACUGUACCGCAAGAAACAAGUUGUAAUAUAACCGGUUACAUGUAAUUACAUCCAUUUAAUAUUACAUUAAAGGCCAAAUAACAGUAUA